AUGAGUACAGACUUGGAGCAAUCGAGUGGCGCAGUCAGCGCUGUAGAUUGUGAUGACUGGAAGAGAGACGCGCUGAAUAGAGAUGAUAUUGCGUGCACGCGCGCCGCCACCGACGACGACGACGACGACAAUGUACGGCUGGGCAAUUUACAGCCAGACGGUGAGUGCGCCGCGGCGACAACGGAGCGUGUCAACAGCCCGUCUGGGACUUCAUCCAACGGUGUGUCCGCUCCACCGUCCGCUUUCUUUGCCGUGCCACCGCGCCGAGGCGUCUUCCUGGAUCUCAUUGACACCCUGCUGCACAGCGGCCUCGGAUCGGCGUCGACGUCAGCGGCGUCGAGCACCGCUGAGAGGCCCGAUAGUGACUUCACCACGCCGUGCGCGGAAGACCAGGUGCGGCGCCUCUUUAGCAUGGGGCUGGUGGACAAGCUGUGCGAGGAGGUGCGCGCCGUCGUUGCGGCGGAGCAGGCAAUGCUCGACGUGCGCGUGGUGGAAGACGAGACGCUUGUGGUGGUCGGCGAUAUCCACGGCAAUCUCUCCGACCUCGUCGCCCACGUGCUGUCGGAGCAGUCGGACAGACAGCUCAAUGUGGACGGCAGCGACCGCAAAUUUCUCUUUCUCGGCGACUUCGUGGACCGUGGCCCGUGCGGCGUAGAGGUGGUGAUGCUGCUGUUCGCGCUCAAGGUGGAGUACCCGCAGCUCAUCUACAUGACACGCGGCAACCACGAGGACUCACAAACGUCUCGCUUUUACGGUUUUUUCCAUGAGGUGCUGCAGAAGUUCGGGAGUGAUGCCGCAUGGGUGCGCUUCAACGAGGUGUUCUGCUACCUGCCCCUUGCUGCUGUCGUCACAACGCCAAGGAAGCGGUUCUUUGCUUCGCACGGUGGCUUGUCCCCGCAGUUGACAUCUUCGGUUGAUAUCAUUUCAACCAUUGAGAGGUCAGACUACGGGAAUGUAUUGGACAACGUCCUUAAUGAAGUUGUCGACGGCCUGCUGUGGUCUGACCCAACGGAGUCGACGCCACUCUACGCACGGAAUGUGCGGGGGCGCGGAUACCUGUUUGGUGUGGAGGCCAGCCAGGAGUUCUGCCGUCUCAACAAAUUUGACUUCAUAUGCCGAGCUCACCAAGUGGUGUCUGAGGGCUACGCUUGGACCCAUGACGGGAAGGUUCUUACUGUCUUUUCAGUGCCCAACUACUGUGGUUACAACAACAAUCUAGGGGCUGUUAUGACCGUGCAGCCUUCGCAAUCGGAAAAGGAGCUGUAUUUUAAACAGUUCACGUCGUCGAUCGACUCGAACCCAUCUUCACCGCCCCCACCAAAACAGCUCACAGAGUUUGUGUUUUCAGCAUUUCUGGAGUGA